CGGCAAUGGCGGCGGGGUCUCGAAAAGCGAGACAUGAUCUCUCCACCUUCAAGGACUCUUUGACCGGCAGUUGUCUCUGCGGCAGCAUCACGGUCACAAUCAACGACACCGAACUCUUCACGAAACCGCGCGGUCACCUCUGCCACUGCGCGAACUGUCGAAAAGUCUCUGGCUCUGUCGUCUCUGCAAAUCUUAUCAUGGAUGAAGAGAAAGUGGACAUCAAGGACCGGGACGGAACUCUAAAAUCCUACGAGGACAAAGCUACCAACAGCGGCAACCCCGUAUAUCGAUACUUCUGCUCUGUAGAUGGAAAUCCGGUCAUGUCAAAGGUCGACAUGUUGCCAGGCAAGGCUAUUAUCAAGAUGGGCAUGAUGCCAGUCAUUCCGACACCUGAGAUGGAAAGCUUUGCGGCGCAUAAGCAUUCUUGGUUCAACAAGCCAGACAAUGUCUUGUCAUACAAGAUUCUUCGCACAGGAGAAUUGAUGGACGAUUAGUGAGGAUCCAGAAGCAUAAACUACCAGCUAUAUCGACUAUUUGGUGUAUUCCUGAUACAACGCACAAAACUUUUGGAAGUCAGACGCAAUUCCAGCGAGAGUCCAUGAUGAAGUCGCUCUCGGCGAACGAAUUUUCAACCUC